UCCACCACCACAACCCGCCCCUUCCACUGCGAUCCUACUUGCCGGCGGCGCCGCUAGUUAUCCGCCAUUUUGUUCAACAACUUUAAUUUCUCGGUUCCCCCGAUCGAUCAAAGUCGCCAAUAUGUACACUCUCACUCCACAUUCUCGCCUUUCCACGGCUCCUGCCGCCUUCCGCCUCCGCCGCCCUUGCCGCGCCACCAUCGCCACCCGGCCCUCCACCACCUCUCCUCACCAAACCGACGACACUCCCAUGAAGCCUACCAACGUCGCCAUCGACGACCCGACGUCCCUCCGCUCUACGUGGUCGCACCGCGCGUGGGUCGCCUCCGGCUUCGCAUCCGUUCUCACCCCCUUGGCCAAGUCCGCCGUCGCCGCCGCAGACUCCGGCUCGGUCUUCGAGCCCCUCCUCGCCGCUUACGCCGGCUACGUUCUCGCAGAUCUCGCCUCGGGAGUCUUUCACUGGGCCGUCGACAACUACGGCGGCCCCUCCACGCCGGUGUUCGGUUCCCAGAUCGAGGCCUUCCAGGGGCACCACCGGUGGCCGUGGACGAUCACCCGCCGCGAGUUUGCCAAUAACCUACACCCGCUCGCCCGGGCCGUGAUUUUCACCGUGCUGCCUAUCGAGGCCUUGCUCGACGUCAUGGAGGCCGGCGCGGCGGCGCACGCGUUCGUGGGGAUCUGCGCUGGGUGCGUGAUGCUGAGCCAGCAGUUCCACGCGUGGGCGCACGAGAAGGCAAGGCGGGUGCCGAGGGCGGUGGCGGCCCUGCAGGCGGCGGGCGUGCUGGUGUCGCGGCAGAUGCAUGGGGCGCACCAUCGGCCGCCGUACAAUAUUAACUACUGCAUCGUGAGCGGCGCUUGGAACGGGGUGCUGGACGAGUACAAGGUGUUCGAGGCGAUGGAGAUGAUCCUCUUUUUCAGGUUCGCAGUGAGGCCGAGAUCGUGGAGCGAGCCGCGGCCGGAGUGGAGAGAAGAAGAGGAGGAGGCUGAAGAAGCGGCGGCACUAUGAACGAUCUAGUGAAGAUUCGAGAAUCGUGAAGCAUAUUCUUUCGGGCCGAUUCCCGGCGCCGUUGAUGGAAAGAAAUGCGCUUUAUUAUUAAAAUUAAUUAUUAUGGUAAUUUUUAAAAUGCCUUUAAUAUUAAAGAAAAAGAAA